ACCUGUCAUAUCAUCGUUCUUGUUGGGGGUUCCAACGCUCAGCGGAAUCAACCGCCCAGUCCUUUGCCGACGGAAGAGCGGCACACCAACACUGCGCGAUGACUGGCCCCCUCGCCCCACGAGAAAGCCGUCGAAGGCGAACCAUUGGAUCGCAGGUUUUUUUGGGGACUGACCCCUCUCUGGCAUCGGAUUAUUAUCCAUGACGGAACUCCUAUAAACAAAAAGAUGGGGGCACACUCGGGGAUCAUCGGUGGUCGUCGGCUUUCCGAAUGCAGUGAAGAACGGCCGGGUUGAACUCGCCCAAUGCAACGAGAGAUUGCCCACUCAUUCAACCGCUCUCUAGGGGUGCAAGUAGCUUCGCAACGCCGCCUAUUGUCUCCGAGGCGUCCAGAGAAAUUUACCAGGCCGAUUUCGCCCGCCGAUCUGGGUUCUCCAGUCCCCCGUGGCUCCUGCCCGAGUCGAGGAGUCGAUCCCGCAGCGAAGUAGUCACGACCAAGAAUCCAUAGGUAUACGACUGCCUAUUUUGACUGCUGGGAGGCUGUCGCGUGCCCGUUAUCUUCUGUUUGGAGUCCCGCAGUCCUUUGGUGAUCCUCUGCGGUAAAAGUCAUCAUUGCGCAUGAGAUAUCCCCAUUAUCUCUGAUUCGAUAUUCAUAGAUUUAUGCACUAGCCUUGGCAAAGAGCUACCACCCUCUUGCUGCUGAUCGCAGGCCUCUGGUUUUCAUAUCGUUCUUGAUCUUCAGGGUUAGUGACCUUCCGCUGUAUGCCCUACGCCGACGGUCUCCGUUUCGGGCAUCAUUGAUCGCUUGCGAUUCGAGCGUGUCCCAUUUCUUGACCGGCAUACAACAAGUCGCCGUCUCGCCCUACUUCGGCGCUCUUCCAUUUCAAUAUGCCUGCAGGUAUCGAGAAAGAUGACGCUGUCAUGUCGGGGCGUUCACCAUCCAGUCCCAGCAAUGACCAUUCUCUUGCAACGAUCGAGGGCCCUUUCGACAUGGACAACGCCAACUCACGAUCCCAUGCCUCGAGCGUUGUGGCUGGAGAUGAAGAAAAGAAUAUAUCGGAGACGCCAAUUCCACUGGCUCGACAAACCACCGAACUGGGCCCGGCUGUGAAAGUGCCGCGAUUGAAACGCAGAGGGCUGUUCGGCCAGAUGACCCUGGUGGCCGAGGUCGAGGAUCCCAAAACCUAUCCUCGAAAAAUGAAAUGGUUCAUCACAUUUAUCGUGGCGGUAGCUGGUGCUACAGCGCCGAUGGGAUCAUCCGUCUUCUUUCCUUCACUCUCUCAAGUCGCCCGGGAGUUACACACCACGGCCACGAUCACUAACCUGUCAAUCGCCUUGUAUAUGCUGAGCAUGUCCAUAUUCCCGCUGUGGUGGUCUUCAUUUAGCGAACGGCUUGGACGACGAACAAUUUACCUGGUUUCAUUCGUCCUUUUUGUGAUGUUCAACUGUCUCUGCGCCGUCUCGAGCUCCAUCGCCAUGCUCAUCGUGAUGCGAAUGCUGAGUGGUGGUGCCUCUGCCUCCGUCCAAGCGGUCGGUGCAGGAACCAUUGCGGAUCUAUGGGAACCCCGCGAACGAGGCCGUGCCAUGGGUAUAUUCUACCUCGGCCCUCUUUGUGGACCCUUGUUCGCACCCAUUGUCGGCGGUCUACUGGCUGAACGAUGGGGCUGGAGGAGUACCAUGUGGUUUCUUGCGGCAUAUGGUGCGCUCACUGUCAUUUUUAUCUUCUUCGCCCUUCCAGAAACGCUCGUCGUGCGGAAACCGGUUCUGCCGGAUGUACCAGAGAAUGAGAUGGCGCCUGUCACGCGCCCACUAAGCCGAGUGUCCUCGCGACAGGUGGUUGGAUUUACGACGAGAUGGCUGAAGAUGCUGAAGAUUAUCUUCAUUGAUCCUUUGAAAAUUGUCCUUUAUCUGCAGUAUAUCCCCGUGCUACUGAGCGUGUACUACGCAAGCAUUGCCUUCGGCUCGUUGUACGUGCUGAAUGUCAGUGUUGAAGACUCAUUCGGUAAAGCACCGUACAAUUUCAGCACAAUCAUCAUCGGCUUGCUUUACAUCCCGAACUCGUUGGGGUACGUGGUGGCGAGUCUGUUCGGUGGUCGAUGGAUGGACAGCAUUAUGCAGCGUGAAGCGAAAAAGGCAAAUCGGUAUGACGAGAAGGGCAGGCCAAUCUACCGUCCCGAGGAUCGAAUGCGUGAGAAUGCUUGGUUGGGAGCUUUCCUCUACCCAGCAGCUCUCAUUUGGUACGGCUGGACUGUGGACAAAGGGGUGUUCUGGCUGGUUCCGAUGAUCGCAAACUUCUUCUUUGGCAUAGGCUCAAUGCUUAUCUUCAGCAUGGUGACCACCAUGUUGACCGAGUUCAUGCCCAAGAAAUCCUCGGAAGGUGUUGCACUCAACAAUUUUAUGCGAAACAUCUUCUCUUGUGUUGGCUCCCUUGUCACAGCGCCCAUCAUCAGUGGGAUCGGCAAUGGGUGGCUCUUCACCAUACUUGGCCUGGUCAGCUUUGCAAGCAGCUCGGUCAUAUUCUUAAUGAGGGUAUUUGGUCCUCGCUGGAGAAAAACCAUGGAUGAGCGAAUGCGGUAAUGUCCCACUCAAACUUCGACUUUGCAUUUUAUACGUGGCGUUUUCCACAUCCUCUCUCUUGUCAGGUGGCACUUUGGAGGCUCUUCCCAUUUGCGCAUAUGUUUAUACGCCAUAUUUAUAUCCUUGCCCCCGCGCUCCUUUACUCGUCAUUGUCUUUUUUUGUUGAGUAAUUGAGCGUUCCUGGCAGCACGCGCUUUCCCUUCUUGCUUAUUGGUGCUGGUCUCUGUUCCGUACGCGGACAUACGCCGAAGCCCACCCAAAAUGCUGUGGAUGAUACCCAUUAUCAGAUUAUCAUUAUGACCAUGAAUAUAUGAAGUCAUGAUUUCAUUGUGGCCUCCUUAUUGAAAAUCCCAGACGGUCAUAACAAAAUCAUUGAAUCAGUCACGAGAGCCAGCGUGCUUAUGCCUUUGUAUUUGAAGUUAUCAUAAUUUUGAUUAUUAACGGGAUCCGUCAAGCUGUUGUUGGAAUCGUCGAAAGUGCAUCUCAUUUGGAAACCGUAUCCAGAGUAAGCGUUGUUUGGGAGUUGGACUGUGACUCCGUUUCCCAAAGGUUACGGCAGGCACCUUAUCCUUGGUACAGCUUCUUGAAUGUGUGAAUUACCCCGG